AUGGUAAGACCGGGACGGGAGGAAGGAUACGUCCCAGACUAUGGUAACAGACAGGGAGGAGAGGAAAACGUCCCAACUAUGGUAAGAGACAGGGAGGGGAGGAUACGUCCCAGACUAUGGUAAGAGACAGGGAGGGGAGGAUACGUCCCAGACUAUGGUAGAGACAGGGAGGGAGGAUACGUCCCAGACUAUGGGAACAGACAGGGAGGGGAGGAAGGAUACGUUUCCCCGACUAUGGUAAAAGACGGGAGGGAGGAAGGAUUCGUCCCAGACUAUGGUAAGAACGGGGGGGGGAGGAAAACUCCCAGACUAUGGUAAAAGAACGGGGAGGGAGGAUCCCUCCCAGACUAUGGGAAGAGACGGGGAGGGGGAUACGUCCCAGACUAUGGUAAGAGACAGGAGGGAGGAUACGUCCCAGCUAUGGUAA